ACAUGUCUCCUUGGUAGAAAGAAGAGAGUGUAAUACACAUGUAGAGGAAGGGUAUAACUGUUGAAUUUGGUGAUUUUUUGUAUUUUUUGUACUCGACAUGGAGAACUUUUAUCACCACGCUCCGGCAGACACACAGCAGCCUCCCGUGUAUAAUGGCGGUUACCUGGAGCCUCCGUACAGACCACCGCAGCCUCACGACCCUCCGCAGCCGGACCUCAGCGCUCCUCAGUGGGCUCCUUCACCGGGAUAUGACGCCCACACGUACGGAUACAACAACCCGGCUGCGGCUCCAGGAGUGUAUGGAGGGCCUCGGUUCCCUCCUCCGUACGGAUUCGACCCCUCCGUCCCGCCGCCUCCGUUCCCUCCACCGGGACAUUUCCCCGGCAUGGUGCCCGCUCCUCCGGUAAACAGCCGGGGAGCGAGCUUUCACACCCCGCAGUUCAGUCAGGCAGCCCGGUAUGACGGUCACAAACAGCCGGAGGGGUACUCUGUGUUCCCCCUGCAGGACGACAGGAGUCUGGGGACAACAGCAGCACCUCCCCCGGAGGAUGAGGCGUCCCUGCAGAGGACACAGGACCAGCAGUGGCUCUCACGUUUCCUGCAAAACAGAAACAAAUCCUCCUCACAGACCCAGCAGCCUCCCCGCAGCUCUGCCCCGGACCUCAGACCGGCUCUGUACCGGGCAGCUGAGCUCCUCUCCCGGCUGGUAAAAUCCUGCGAGACUCUGAGGGACAACCUGGAGGACGAGUGUGUCUGGACAGACUGUUACUCAACAGCCUUGAAUGUAAAAAACGAGCUGCAGGACAAACUCAGAGUCCUGAGUGACAUUGAGAGUUUAGAGAGAUUUAAAGCUAAAGUGUCCCGUGUUUCUCAGAGGAGGGCCCGCAGACUGAGAGCCAGGAAACGGUCAGAGAUGGAGCAAGAGCUCAGAGAGGAGCGCAUCUCUGAGAAGGAGGCUGCCAUCGAUAAAUGGAGGAUGCAGAAGAUACACGAAGUGGAGGAGAAGAAGAAGGAGCGGGAGCUGAAGCUGGCUGCAGACUCCGUUCUCUGCGAGGUGAGGAAGAAGCAGGCAGACGUGAAAAGGAUGCAGGACGUCCUGAGAUCUCUGGAGAAACUGCGGCGACUGAGGAAAGAGGCAGCGUCGAGGAAAGGCAUCGUCACAGAGCCAGAGUGUGACGAGGCGUUCAGCAGCAGACUGGAGCAGCUGAGGAGUGUGAUGAAGAAGAGGACGGCGGUUUACUCCACAGAGGAGAAAGCUUUGAUGGUGAUGCUGGAAGGAGAGCAGGAGGAGGAGAGGAGGAGAGAGCGGGAGAAACGACUGAAGAAGGAGAGGGAGAGACACCUGCAGAGGAAACGCAGAGUGGAAGCCAUGUUGUUCGGAGAUGAGCUCCCUGCACAUUCGGUUCUGCAGCCCUUCAGAGAAUAUUACUUCCAGGCCGAGCGCUCGCUGCACGCUUUACUACAAAUCAGGAGAGAGUGGGAUGUGUUUGUGGUUCCAGCGGAUCAUCCUGACGGUUCUGCGGUUCCUCAGAGCUGGAUCUUGCCAGACGCCCCGUCAGACCAGGCCUGGGCCUCCGCUCUGCAGACCACUGACGCAGAGUGAGACGGCCUCUGACUCACUCAGCUAGAGCCUGACAUCCAACUCUGAACCCAGACGAACAGUGCAGGAGUCUGUGGAAGGACUGCUGGUAUAAACCAGCUGAAGAAGGCGUGGGAAUAAGAUGUCAAUGAGAAGAGAAGUUAAUAAAGGUUUCUUUAGAAAAAAGUUUCAAAUCUCUGUUAACUUGAAUAACUGAAUGAGUUAAUGAUCUUUCAACUUCAUCUAUUUUGUGUGAGCUGCAGUGUGUGGGAGCUGUCACUCUGUGUAGCUCUUUACGUCAGAGCUGAUAAAUCCUGACAGUGAGGUGAGAGCUGCAGAGAGGCCAGUUAAUAAUAAAAUACUCAAAGUUUUUAAUCAUCAUCUUUCUAGACUGUUAAGUUUGUCCCCAACUGAUGCUUCUCCGAAACUAUUCGCAGCAUUAUGUCUUGUGAUGACAUACUUGAAGUGAUAACCCUGUUUCAUGCUGCCACUGUGCUUUUCAGUGGCUGCAUUUACUUAAAAAAAGUCCCACACAGCUCAGUUUACAAGUCAAAAGCAUCUUUUAAAAGGUACCAAAACCAGCA